UGACAGUAUUUUCACUUUUGAAUAGCAAAAGAGUCGAUAUUUGAAAGGAUAUGUCAGAUAAAUCCUCUCGCGAAAGUUUCCAUCAAAUUGUGUUUCUUAUCGAUUCUAAUCCUUCAUUUUGGGGAUCGAACUGCUCCGCCGAACAUGCUGCGAAGGCCAUACGAUUGUGCGUGCUUCGAUUGCUAACUUAUUUUCGUGACUAUCGGAAAAAAAAGCGAUCCAGCGUGCGAUGGGGCUACAAAAUAUUCAACUCCAAAUCACUUUCACAUCAGUUUGAACGACACGACUUCAAAGAAUUCUUAGUUAACGCGUUUGAAGAAUUUGAAGAUCAUGUGUCGAAGAGGUUGCAAGAAUCCUUCACACAACAAUGGCAAGUAAACGAACUUGAACCGAGGGAACAAGACGAUGAAGAAACGACAGCCUUUUCCAAAUCACCGAGUGGAGCUAGAUGUGUUUCUUUUGCUUUUAAAAAUGCUGUUCACGAUUUUCAGUGGGAAAGACCUGACAUAAGUUCACCUAUCAGAAGAACUCGUGGAAAUAACAACUCGCUCUUUUACCAUAACAACAUAACCAAUACUCAUAAUGUUAUCUUUUUGUUGAGCGGAUGCCCUCACGACGAUGACUCAAUCUCAGAAUUUACUGGUGAAAAUUUGUCGGGUCUCGGAACAUUUGAGCGCUUUAAAAGUAUCUUGAUGCCCUCUGCGUUGUACAAGGAAUUCAAAGAAAGGCGCAUUUGUUUACAUUGGGUGAACAUGGGAAAUUUUCAGCAGGAAGAGAAUGCAGGUGUAAAAUCAUUUGUGGAGGCAACAGUGGAACAGUUUGGAGGGUGCUUGAUACCUCUUUCAGCAGUGAAUUAUACAGGGAACAAUUUCUCUAUUGGAUCAAACUUAAAACCUCAAUCUGGAAAAGUUCUUUCAGUUUUCAAGCAAGUCAAAUCUAGUAUGGGACAACUGCUUCCUUUUGAAACUGUCAUGGAUUUUUAUUUCUGCAAGAAGCUAACAAAGCCAUCAGCACCAGAGGGUAUUAUUUCACAACAGCAAGCUAAAGCAAUGAUGGAUGGUACAGGAUUGCUGUGUUCUUCAGGUGCUGAGGAGAAGGUGCAUUGUACUGUGAAACUUCACUCUAUGUUUUGUUCCAUGGAAGGGCUUAAGGGCUUGGGAAACUUUCAUGGAAACUCUUCAUUGACUUAUGAAACUGCAGAUAUAGAGAGCAAACAGACACCAUCAAAUGAUGAAUCAAGCAGUGUGAACCUUCUUUGGAUUAGAGGGGUAGUGAAUCAGACUUGUGUUCCUCCAAGAUGGCUUCACCCCACCAAAGGUUUUUCUUGUGUUGGUUUGGAUAACCGUGCUAUUGAUGGUACUAUAGACUCCUCUUUUUGCUCUCAGAAUCUUAUUUCUGGGUGGUACCAAGCACUUAUACUUUCCUUGGCAAAAGAGAACAAAUUACUGAUUAUUGAUUUUAUUGAUUGUGAUACUGGGUUACCAGUUACUGGAGUCCUCCAACCUUUGACCUCAGUCUGUGGAGUGAUAAAUGUCAUUGCAUCAGAAUUUCUCAUCACUUUUGAAAAGUUUCUUCUUUGGCAUGGCAAGUCUUCACCUGUAGAUAGAACAAAACUGAUGAAUGCAGAAUCUUGCCAGGAUCUGAUCAGUAACUACAGAUCUCAAGAUAAUCUUGAAUCAACUGAAUCACUUUCUUACCCAGAGGUCUUCUUUGGGCUUACUGGAUCACAAGAUCCGUUCAGAAAUAAAAGAGAAGAAUUUGAUGCAAUGUUUUUUGAUCCAUGGGGUUCCUUUGCUGUUGAGGAAAACACAACUGGUUCAUUUUUUAAUGAACUUCAAAGAGACAGUAAGUCUGAAGAGGAGGAAGAUGGCGAUGUUGCUAAUGAAGCUGCUCUAAUGAAAGAAUUGAAAGAUCUUUAUAAUAAGAAAGAAUCACAUUUGGUAUCAAUGACUUCUAUUGUAACUCAAUUACCAAAGAAGCCCAAAGAGCUUGCUGCAGAGAAGUCAGAAGUACAGAGUGCCUCAUCAAAGCAUAAAAGGAAUUUGAAGAAGGGAACAAGUACAGAUUAUCAAAAGAGCAGUUUGGAUAUCAAUAAGAGCCAACCUUCAGUUGAGAAUGAUAAAUUGAAUGACUGUUCCACUGAUAAUGACAGCCUGUUACCUAACAAUAGCACUGCAAUGCAAGAAGUCCUAUGUAAUCUGACAGAUAAAGCUGAGUUGAAAUUGGCCAUUUGUGAUUUAACCAGUAAAGUCAUUUUGGAGGGAGAAAACAUACUUCAUGAAAUCACGAACAUAGUGACUAUAGUUUCCCAAUUUUUUGUGAACGAGGGAGAUAAUGAACAGAAGGGGCUUGUUUCACAGUUUUUAGAAGAGCAUGUACUCUUAACAGUAUCAGCACUUAGAAAAAAAUAUGAAGGAUGUAGUGAUGUCAUUAGACAAGGGCAGCAAGUCAGAGAGUACCAGCUCCAGAUUAUGCUUCGAUUGGAGAUUGCAGCUCUUAUAAAUGCUGAUGGAAAGAGUUCCCUCAUUGAAGAGGUGACGGUACUCCUUCGAACCAUCUCAUUCAUGAAGGACCCUAAGUUCCUAACUAUUUUACUACGUGAGAUACUUCUUUUCAGGUAUGGACAGAAACUCGCCAAGUUCCUCUGUGCUGUUUAUGAGGGUUUGAUGAUGCGCCCCCCCAAGGAAGUGUCUACGCCUUCCAAAUGGUCCAGUGAUGAUGAAUCGCCAAUCAGACGCCAGAUCAACUCUGUUUCCAGCGCUAAACAAGACUCCAAUCAACCCAGGAGUAGUGGAUGCCGUAUUAUCACCCGUCAUUUGAGCGUUUCAGAUGCUGUUGGUAAAAGGAGAGAGAUUGUUGUACCGGGAAAGGCAAAACCAAAGGAUAAAGAGAAAGAAAAGGCAUUGAAGGGAAAACCACAAGUAUCUCUUGGUUUAAGAGUUGGAAGUAAGAAGGGAAAGAAGAAAAGUGAGGGUCACGAGACACCAGUAAAACAAGUCAGACGAAAUCUUUUUACUGAAUCAGAAGAAGGUGAUGAGAAUAACUCGAUCGCCAAAGUGCUAAGAAAAAAGAAAAUUUCUGAAGGAGAGAAAAAGAAACACGCAAAGCGUCGAUUUCAGCGGAGGAAUACUGUGGGUUCUUGUUCAAACUCCACGGUUCAGGAGACUCCUGCUCAUAAACAGGUCUCUCAUGCAUUAUGGUGCAAACAGGAUCGUGCCAGAAAACGUUCCAGAGCUCAUACGGAGGUGCAUAUUUUACAAGAGUCACCCCUUAAAGAAUUGCAAGCAGGAGAGGGUCUCCCGCGGCGAAGUCCUCGAAGGCCUCCAUUGGCAACGUUCCAGCGGAGCCAGUCGUUUUAUGGGCCCUCUUCUAGUACAGGCCCUUUGACGAGGACAAGGUCUUUCAGCGGUGUGUACUCUCGUGACUCGUCAAAGGAAGCACCCACAGAGGGACCAGCUUUCAUUUCUACUCAAGGAGCCGUUGUGAAAAAGACACCUCAGAAAUUGUCCUCUUUAGCUCUUUCGCCUUUGCGAUUUUCUCCUCGGCAGAAAAAAAAAUUUUCGUUACACAGUUUACUGACGACAUCUAAAGAACAUGAUCAAAAGAAAGAAAGUUCCCAAAGUCACCAAAACGCAACAAAGCCCAAACAUAAAUUAACGUCUACAGCCAUUAGGUCUUCACCAAGACUCCUUAAAAAGCGCUCAUUUUCUUGUAUUGGAUUUUCGUCAGUUCUCUCCCCAGAAGCACGCGAGAAACGAAAAGUUAUUCCCCUCACUGAAAAGCCCAGCUCAUCUACGAAUACGCAACCACCACAAAAGCAUACUUUCUUAGACGCGGAUUCACAGAGCGGGUUAAUGAAAACCCCGAGGAAAAAGAAAUCAGAUGACGAUACAGAUGUCCGAGGUACAACUCCAACAUUGCAUGGGUCCUCUCCAAGACUUAUCAAACAGCGCUUUGAUUCAAGAGUUGUAGUUCUGUCUCCUGAGGAAAGGAAGUCAACGCCGCUUGGCGCAAGACCCAGGUCAUGUGAUAAUACAAAUUGUACGGUCUCGCUAAAAGGCUCCAUGAAAACGCCCAUGAAAGAAAAAAUAGAUAAUUUUUCAGACAACGAAGUGACUUCUUCAAAAUCGACCUUGGCACAGCCUGAAAAGCGAACUCCAUUGAAAGAUUACCAUGUGGACAAAUGUGUUGUUCUUCUUACGCCAAUUCGAAAAUCCUUGAAGUCUCCCUUGCAUGUUCCUCCAGAGGUUCUCGAAAACUUCUCUUCGUGUUCAUCUCGCCUUUCGCAUCGAGAUGGUGAAGAAUCGACAAAACUGGAGAGCUCUGUUCAGGAUGUUGACGAAAAUGUAAGAACGCCCGCGAGGAACCGCAUCAAACCCGCUCUCCGAAGCUCCCCGAGAUUGCUGUGCAGAUGCGACAGCAGUGACAAUUCUCAACAAACGCCAAAGCAAUUUUUAUGUAACCAUGAAGACUUUAAACCCACUGUUACGGUCUCACUAAAGUCGACUCGAACUGAUUUGACGGAUCCCACCACCCCGGUCAGAGUUUCCCAUCCGGACGACUGUGUGGUGCUUCUCACUCCAAUGAGGACCCUCUCAAAAUCUCCAGUCCACUUGCGAUCAGGAGAAAAAAUGGUAACUGUGAUUGGUUCGGAUUCAGAAAACGCGAAAGUGGCUUUUGAUACCGACAUUAAGUCACUUCAGUCAUCGUCACAAACCACCCCAAAGUCUGCUCGUGUUGCUACGAUUGAGCACAGAUUGAGAGCAAAAUCUCCGAUACUCGAUAACAAAUCCACUGAUAUUGAAAGCCAAGGAGCAGAGUUGUUUAGAUAUAAUAAGACGCUAACAAAUGAAAGUGAUAAACGCCUCAAUGACUUAACUCCCACAGAGGGAGCAGAAAGGAUCACACGACACACCAAUUUCCAAGAAGACGAAAUAUUUCUUCGCAUGCCAAGCGCAUCUGUUGGAGGAGCGCAAUUACCAUGGAAUCCAGCUCUGCAGAGCUCGACUCCACCUCCCAAAAGAAGAAAAAAGAAAUCACACGGUGUGUCUAAUUCACCGGCUGAAACCAAACGCUUGAGUCCCCUUAACCAGAUACUUCGACAGCAAAAGCGAAAAAGGUGUUUCUCAGCCUCUCCAGCUGACAAAUGUGCGAGGGAAGCCUGUGAAAUAUACGCACGUGAUGCAUCGUCGUGUGCACCAAGGACCCAUUUUAAGAAUGGGAACAAGGUGAAGUUCAGCUUGGUCAAUGAACCUUGUUCGGUAGUUGAGGACAAAACUAGGUUGUCCGAGGAGGCAGAUGACUGGCUUAGUGAAAUGGAGGAAGAACUUGAUUGUAGUGUAGCAAAUUCAAACGAGACUCAAAAGUCACCUGCGACUAAGAAGCGACGAAUUCACAAGUCUGUUGUCUUUGGGGGAAAACGCACCAGAAAAGAGAGUGUAAAAAAAACUAGGAGCAAAAACGUUGAUUCUUCUCGAAACAGCGACACCAGCUACGAAGAAGAUGACGAAGUUUUUCAGAGUCCCGGAAUGUUAGCCUCUCGUCUGAUACGUCGACAUUUGAACAAGACCCCUAUAUCGGCGAGCAGUAUCAAAGUUUUGCAAGAAUCUCCCAUACUUCUUGGCAGUAACCAUUCACUUGCACUUUCACCUCGAGCUCGAAGUUGCUCCAAUCUGUCUCAAAAUUAUUCAAAGCGCAAUCGUAGAGAGCUUAUUGAUGUGUCCAAUAACAGAGAAGCUGGUAUGACGGUGUCCUACACUGAUGAUCAGGAGGAACCGAUUGCUCGCCCAUUAAGAAAACGACUUAAGCUGCACACUUGAAAAUCUAAAUUCUUUUUCUUUUUCCCUUCCGGCCAGAAUUUGGGGAAUUUUGUACAUGCAAGUUUGUUGUAAAUAGUAUUUUACUUUGAUCUUAUAAUUCUUUAUUUACUGAGGGAUUCAACGCUGGAGAACUCUUUCCACGCACAAUUUUUUGUCUCGGACCGUCAAGCGGCUUUGAGGACUCGACAUUAACAAAGUAAUUCUAGUCACACCCAGUCGCAUAUAUUUUGUGAAAGAUUCAAAAUUUAUCGGUCAUAAGCCGCAGCUGAUACUACCAUUGAAGGCAAUUUUACUACCAAAUAGUAAAUUAGUGAUUUUUUGCUUGAAUGAAACAUUGACGUUUUAGAACUAACCUUACGUAAAUUAUUUUCCCUUCAAUACCUGCAAUCAAACAAGAGUGCAAUUAGUAUAAUAGGAUUCGCGAGCGAAUCCAACUGUUCUGAGUUCAUUAUCUUUUAGGAUGGCAUGUUUGAAAGGUGCAGUUAUCCAUUUUACCAAGUUAGAUAAAAAAAAACAAAAAAACAAAACAUAUCCGAAAUGAAGAAAAAUUUGUCGAAACUGACCAGCAUAGUAGUCAAUUCAUAAAUAGAAAGGACUUUCUCAAGGUGAUUUUUCAGUAUUUCAUUGUGCAUCCUAUACUGCGCAUGAAAAAUAGCGUAAUCAGGCGAAUACCACCUAAACAGGUAGACUGUCUUUUCGGAAACGCGCGAAACAGUUGCUCCUGGAGAGAAACAUAUUUGAAUUAAGCCCACAUGAUCUAUCCCUGACGCCUCAAACGUAAGUGCACGUGAUCGCAUUCCUUCACAUUUCCAAGAAUCGAACGAUAACGUGCUUUUCCAUAAACAAACAAAGAAGGUCUUAUAUUCGAGGUAAAAGCGUAGACGAUAGCCUAAGAUGUGUGGUAUCGAUUCGAUUUUAGCUGAAAAGAGAUAAAGAAUACUUAGCUGGAUCAUGUAUUACCAAACGAAAGCGGAUGAACGACGACAUACAGAAAAAGCGCGGGCAAAGAAAUGCGAAGGAAUGUUAUCAUGUGCGUUUGCCUUUUGUGCCAACAUCUUUUUAGUCACGUGACUAAAUAAUACCUUCGUUCUUGAUGAUGCAAAGUAUGACCUUGAAAGCAGCGAUUCAAGGAACGUUUUGAGUUGAUGUUAUUUGAAAUUGCGUAAUUUUUCCACAAUUUAUACAUCAAGUUGUUCCAUAAGCUCGAGACUUCUACCUAUCAAGUUUUUUUCAAAUUUUACUUUGAAAACCUUUGCUUGCAGCUACUGCAAAAUGUACCGUGAACCGAUGAAAUGACGCGCGUGAAUAGUGCCAGUACAGGCAUAAAUGGGGUAAGAUUGGCUUAUUAUACUUCUUAACCAAGCAGGGUGACCUAUCUUUUUUAUUGUAUUUUGUCCCGAACAGACAUUGGUAGGUAACAUUUAAAGAAAGUUUAAAAUAAAUUGUUCGAUAACUUUU